AUGGACGAGUCAACAGAAGUCCGAACUGACGGCAACUCUCUGCUGAAGGCUGUCUAUUUGUCUCGUCUACGUCUGACCCGCCUUCUUUUGGAGGGCGGGGCCUACAUAAAUGAGAGCAAUGAACAGGGUGAGACACCGCUAAUGGUGGCCUGCAAGACCCACCAUACAGAUUCUCAGAGUGUACCGAAGCAGAAGAUGGUCCGGUAUCUUCUAGAAAAUGGUGCUGAUCCAAACAUCCAGGAUAAGACGGGGAAAACGGCCCUGAUGCACGCAUGUCUGGAACAAGCUGGAGCUGAGAUUCUGUCCCUUCUUCUGAGCAGUGGAGCUGAUCCGACUCUUGAGGAUCACACAGGUUUGUCAGCUUUGGUUUACGCUGUCAAUUCAGGAAACAGAGACAUCCUGAGGGUCCUCCUGGAUGCCUGUAAAGCAAAGGGUAAAGAGGUCAUCAUCAUCACCACCAACAAACUGCCGACUGGCCAUCAGAUGACAAAGCAGUACCUCAAUGUCCCUCCACCUCCUGAUCUUGAGGACCGAAUGCAUUACACCUCAGCAUCUUCUUGCAUGUGGCCCUAUGAGUUCCAGCUACGAACUCCUCCACAAGGCUCUUCUGCAAGUGCUUCCCCCCAGCCUGGAAGCCCCCUUCUUGGCCUCAGGGACCCCCAGUGUUUAGGCUCAAGUCCUAGCUUAAUUACAUCCCGCCCAAGCUCCCCGAUCCAACACCCAAGUCCUUUACGUAUUCCUGGGGUGGAUAAACGCCUUAACCUGCAGAGGUUACAGUCUGAGCAGUGGUCCAAAAGUCCGUCCUUGUUACUCCAGCAGAGCCAGGCCUCAUCUUUAACCGAAGAGCCGGCAGAAAUAACACCUGAGGAAGAGUUGUCCUUCAGAGUCAAUGGACUUGCCUGCCAUGGGCGAUCUCCAGCUGUCUCACGCCACCACAGCAUAGAUGUCAAAGACCCAUCGGGACUUCUGAGGACAUUGGAAAACAUGUCAGGAAAUGAGAUUAGAGGAGGAGGUGGAAGAAGGGUUUUUUGUCGGAAGAUGUCCUACGACAGCGCGGCAAGUUCACCUCAUUCUGCUUCCCACCCCAACUUGCUCCAAGACUCUCUGCAGAACGUGGUCAGUCGGAGGAACAUCGGUAUUGACCACUACAGCUCUGAUUCUCAGUUACAGCAGUUUGGCAGCCGAGAUAAUUCCUCUAAGAGUGUUGGUGGGACAGGAGCAGGACCAGAGAAGAACAAGUUGGUCAACAGUGGAUCUUCAACUCUGUCAGCGUCCAGGGAGUCGUUGGAGAGCUUUGUCCCAAGACGGGGUGCGACAGGGCUGGAGCGAAGAGGUUCAGGAGCUCUCCUUCUGGAUCACAUUGCCCAUACUCGCCCUGGAUACCUCCCUCCUCUCAACCCCCACGCUCCGAUACCUGAUAUCGGGGUCACUUCUUGUGCUUCUUACCCUUUGAGCGGUAGCAGUAAGACAUUGAACGGUGUUCUUACCGGGUCAAAGCCUUUUCUACCCUGUGCACCAGUAUUCCCCAGGGAUCCCAAAACCAAAAAAAUGCUGUGGAGGCGCCACUCAAUGCAGAGUGAGCAGAUCCAACAGCUGGCUGACUUUAAGGAAACGUUUGGCCACUAG